CUUCCGGUAGAACUGGAAAUCCUACAGAUAUUAAAAAACGAUACUUGGAUGAAAGAUUCCAAAAAUGUAAGUAAGUCAAAAUUAGAAACUUUUGAGUUGUUUUUUAACUUGUUGAUCGGUUUAUCUUAUAUAUCGAUAAAUACAAAUUGUUAACGUAAAAAUUAACUCAUUUAAUAUCUUGUGUAACAAAAAGUGAGGUUAUGUAUUUACGUCAACUCAUUGUCACUUCAAACUUAUCUAUUUGAAGUAUUUCAAAAACUCAACUUUUUCGAUAAGAUUAUUUAAGAGUACGUGUAUUUGAAUAGUUUUAAACAAUUACCUACAAUGAAGCAUUUACUUGCAUUAGUUUUUCUAUUAAUUAUCACUCAAGGAAUUUGGGGAAGGUCGAAAUCAAUUAGGGGGCGUAUAGAGAGUUGCCCCGGUUGUAAAUUAAACUAUUUAAAAGAAGUGAAACAAUUCAUUUAUGAAGAUGUCCCAAAAUAUGCUGAUUUAACGUUUAAGAAGAUACAAGGACAUCCUCCGGAGCUUGUAAUUUUAGAUGAAGAUGAUAACGAAAUGGAACGCAUUCCAUUAGAAGAUAAAAAUAGGGAGGAGUGUAAUUUUUUGUUGAUUAAAAAAGGUUUUAGUUUAAAAUUGGCUCCAAAUAGUGUAGUAGAUGAUGAAUUAUAAAUGUUUAUAGCAAUAAUUUUAUUGAAGCAAAAUCUUUCUACAAAAAUAAUAAAUUCAAUACUGACACAAUAAGUUUUUUUUGGGUUAUGUUAUUUUAAUUAGCUUAUAAUCUAAAACAAUUAAUAAAUACUAGACAUUAAAGACAUUUACACUAUUA